UUUACUUUGGCAACAGCAGAGGACAAUGUUGUGAAGUGGAUCCUAGAGGAUGAAUGUGAGUUUUUUCAUUGCAAUUUACGCCCUUGUGGUGAGAUCUGUACUUGGGAAAUACGUUGAAGGACAUCUAAAAACGUUGGAUGACUGGGCCUUUGUGGCCAGAUUCUGCUUCUUGUCAGGCAGAGGAAGAUAUGAGUAUCAGAUAGAGUUUGAGCGGAAGUACGGGGAACCUAGUCUUUUGCUGUACUAUGAUGAGAAGACACAAUGGCCGGCAGUUUACAAAACGGACAAGACUUGUGAACAAAAGCUCUCAGUACUGAGUGCUGCAGAUAAUCAAAUUGUUACUCUUUCGGCAAAAAAUCCAUACAAUUAUCUAUCAGGAUGUUCAUUGAGAUCUUCUUUGGAGGUUGACGAGGAUGCAAGACCACCCACUAAAUCACAAAAUCCUUCAGAAGAUCAGAAUCCCAAAACGGAUGAUUUGGAACCUGGGUACUUUGACCAGUUUCUGAAGACAACUUCUUCAGGAUUCUCAGCAACAGGAUCCUCAACAACCGAAGACUCUCUUGAAGAAAACACCACCAGAACUUUCUUUACGGAAGUUUCCCUGGAUCCUACCAGUACUGUGAUUACAUAUCUCUCAGACACCAGACUUGGUAAUAGUUUGGAGAAUGGAACAGCGUAUCAGGUAGAUGUUGAACAGCUCUUUGAAGGCAUCACUGAAUCCUCAGUAGCACAGGACGAAAGAAUCAGGCGCUCUCUGGCUUUCCCGCUGUUCAAGAAAGACAAUAGGGGAAGGAUUAUCGUAAGCUGUAGAAACGCAGGAGGAUUUACUAGCGUCCGGGAGCGAUGGUGGUACAUUGCUAUCUCAAAUUGUGGAUCCAGUAAGGGAUUAGAUGUCAAAUACAAAUUCAGGAUGACGAAUGGGCCACCAGGAGACUUCUGGCAUGAGCACUUCUCAGCGGACGAAAUGUAUAUUCCGCCUAUUCUCUUGACUGAAUGCCUAGCCUAUACUUUUCUUCUCCUGGGAAUGUUUUUAUGCGCCAUCGAACUUAAGACUAGGCAUCUGUUUCACUGCACCUAUCGCCUCUUCACAUUCAGUGCCUUUGUUCAGUGGGCUGGAAUCCUGGUGCAAGGAGUCGCCUGGGCCAAAUAUGCUGUCUCGGGUUUGGGUCCUAGCACAACUCUGGGUGGACUGCUAAUGGGAGCCAGUGAAGUAUCAUUCUUAGCUCUGAUGCUUUUGAUGGCUAAAGGAUACACAAUUACCAGGGCUCGACUUUCAACUGCCACCACAGUUAAACUCACGGUUUUUAUCAAUAUCUACAUUGUAGCUUAUAUCUCUUUGUAUAUCCUCCAAGCUGAGACUUUUGAUCCUGGUGAAGUGCUAAAUAUCUAUGAGUCCCCAGCUGGUUUUGGGCUCAUUGGUUUGAGGUGUGGAGCCUGGGGAGCCUUUCUGAUGGGAGUAGCUGCAACAUUGAGGAAGUAUCCAGAAAAGAGUCCUUUCUACUAUCCUUUUGGGCUCUUGGGAUCAGUAUGGAUUCUAGCAGGACCUGCACUGACUCUAGUCGGAAUCGGAGUACUGGAUGCUUGGGUCAGAGAAAGUGUAAUGUGUGCCAUUUCAGGAACAGUUGCUUUUGGAGGACAUGCAGCUUUUCUCUGGCUUACAUGGCCUUCCCGCGCAAACCGAAGUUUUCCCUAUCAUGUUCGCACGAAUCACGUGGGUGUGGCAAAUACGGACGAUGGGGUUGACUACCCACGGCAUCCCUAUGAACCCUCAGGGAUGCAACAUGAACAGAAUAUAAUUAUUCCUCUGUCCAGGAGGACCGAAGAGCUUAUCAAUGGAGUUUAUAGUCAGUACAUUAUCGAGAGGGAACUGUACGGUUCAAAUUCAAAUCCCAUCAGUCACAUAUCCUUUCCCCAGGCCAAUGCUCCCCCUCUACCAGAUUCCAGCUUGCCUGUAACAAGUCCUAAUCCUGCCCAGAGGCGUUUAGCAUCUUUUAGGCGUAGAGAUACUCCAAAAACCGAUUCAGCAGAAAAUGAUGUUCAGGUUGACUCAGGACAUCCUAGUCUCGAGAACACUUCUUCCCCAAAUACAACAGGACCGUCUUCUGGACAUGACACUCCUGUAAGAGAAAGGACAUCUGGACAACUCAAGAGCAAUCCUUUCUUAGUCAAUGGGCAACAGAGGCAGCCGAAUAAAGUGAUCCUUGAACCAAUUGAACAACCACUGAGAGGAUAUAUUCAGGAUACAUUUCAGACUACAUCAGUUAGUUCUGUGGUACCAAAGCAUCUUUUCGCAGCGAAAAACACUACAAAUGAGUGAAAAGCACAAAUUGUAACAUGUUCUAAUGCUAAUGUACUAAUGGGAUAAUCAGGGAUGUGUUGUAAA